AAGGCUCCAACAGCAUGUUGUUUCUUUGGACAAAAAAGCGCGCCUGAUUGGUUUUUUCCCCGUUUCCUAAAAAAACUCUCUUAUCUAAAUGUUCACAACAAUUAUGAUGAACUCCACAACUCUGCUCAAUUCUCAAUUCAAGAUAUCCGAAACCCAUCAUCAUCAUCGUAAUCAUAAAUCUCCAUUAUUAGUCCCAAAAAUCCAAGCUACAUUGUCUUCCAAUGAGGAAACCAAUCAUGUUUCUACCCUGAGGCGGCGUAAAAUUAUCACCACUCUGUUAGCUACUACUUCAAUGGCGGCCUUGGUUGCCGGAAUCCCGCCGGCAAUGGCGGAGAAUUGGGGCAACCGUUCGUUCAUAUGGGAGAAAUACUUCUCGCCGAGCUUGUCUCCCGAAGAUGCGGCGGCCCGGAUUCGGCAAACGGCUCAAGGGCUUCACAGCCUCAGGGAAAUGCUGGAAACCAUGUCCUGGAAGUAUGUUCUGUAUUACAUCCGGCAGAAACAGGAUUAUCUUAAUCGGGACAUGAAGAUUGCGAUUACUACCAUUCCCAAAGGCCAGUGGAAAUCCUACGUUGCCAAAGCCAAUGAGUUGGUCGACAAUAUGAAUGAGUUGGAUGAAUAUGUUCGAUCGCCCAAGGUUUACGAGUCGUAUUUAUACUAUGAGAAGUGUCUCAAUUCAAUUGAUGAUCUUGUAGCAUUGCUGUCUUAACAAGAAGUUAGCAAAGGCAAUGGACUGAAGAUAUACAUGUAUUAUAUUACUUUGAAUUUCGAGCUAUAUGUAAUCCGUUUUGUUGCCGAUUCGCGAAAUCUUUGUUAGCCUGGUUCAGAAGUUAGGAUCAUGGAUAAUCUUCUUCUGCUUUUUUUUAUGUCAUGUCUGCCUCAAUAUCUUGUACAAAUGAAUUCCCCUGUAUCUAGCUUCUUGUUAAAUGCUAAUAUGAAUAACAGCCCUUGAUUUUGGCUUGAAUUAAGAGGAGAUUUUGCAACUCGGAAGAUGAAUUGAUUGGACCGCGAUGAAAUCAAUGGUACACAUGGAUGUGAUAAUAGACACUUGACAAUUCAUAUGGUUCAGGAAAUUGUGAGUACAGAGAGAUUAUAAAAAUUCAUGAACACAGGGAAAGCACAAGUGAUUUAAAAGUUCAACAAGCUGAGAAGAUUCACACGCGAGAACAUUGUUACAGGUCCCGCUUCCAAGGGAAUCAGCGCCUGGAUAAUGCAAAUCCAGAUAGAAUGAUGAGCAGACUAAUGGCGGCAACUGCGACAAAAGAACCAAUCACAGCGCCCGAGCUGCGCUGACAGAAGUCCUGGAAAUUUUGGCAUAUUGCAAACCAAUUAGCUGAGGAAUUCCCAUUGUGCGCCAAGUAUACGAUUGCUGCUGCUGCUGAAGCUCCCGCGGUAAGAAGGCAUAGAAUUAUCUACCAGAGUCAGAGUUAAACAUACUUAAAAAUGUUAGUAUCUUGAUCUUAAUCUAGAAAUUCAGGAAGUAGUUAGCAGGGAAGAAUGUCUCGAAAACAACAUAAAUUCUCAUUACCGUGUCCAACAGGAGCAGCAGAACCCUACUCUUUCCAGCCCGGCUCCGGACAAUAUGGUAGAUGGACAGUGGCAGAGAUAGAGCAAGAUAUCCACAAACAAUGGAAUUGACAAUCACAAACAUCCUUCAAAAACCAAACGUAAUGUUAUCAAAAUGUGGCCUUGGUUCUUCUAAGACAAAGGACUUUUACCAAGAAACCAUAAGGUAUGGCAAAAUGAGAGAUCACUUACGUGAAGGUAUCGAUAUCAUUAUACUGAGCUUGGAAUUGGACGAACUGGCUGAAGAAGGGAAGUGUUUGUUGAGUGGUUCCCAUGGCAACAGCAGCUCCCAGAGUCCCAACAAUCGCCACAAUUCGAAGAACGAGAUCAAAGAUAGAGAUCCCUCUGGUACUUCCCUUGGCUCUGUAACUGCUUUCUGCAGCCUCAAGCUUCACUGCCUUGGUUGUUGUUGCAUCCAUCCUUGGCUACAGUGAUUUUGUUUCUAAACCUUAAUCUAGUUGGUAAGAUAUUUUUGCCUCUUUCUUCUUGAUUGAAGAAGCUCAAACAAAAGCCGGAAUUUAUAGUGAUGAUUCAAGUGCAUAUGUAAGAACUAAUUGGAUUUUUUCAAAUCCCACAAAUGGUGAGGAAGAUUUGUGGAGUAGUAGGCAUGAUGACAUGCGCAACUAGAGGUUGCUUUUCGAGCCUAAUUUUGUUUUGCCAUUUCUGCAAAAUGUUAAGGUUAGUGCAUUUCUGGGACGAAUCUCAAAGCUCACCUGCUCUACUACUUCCAGACAUAGAACUGUACUAUGGUUGAAUAAACUGAGAAUAUGUCAUUCCCACUUCCAAGUUCUAACUGAUCCAUUUAGAUUUAGAAAUAAUGUACGCACGAAACAGUUGAACUUUUAAAGUAAUAUAUAUAUAUAUAUAUGUAUA